AUGCCACCAAGACGGCCUCGAGCAGUAGAAACUCCGGAAGUUCGCCUAAAACAAGGGCUGCUAAAGCUUGCAGGACUGCGCGAGAAUGCUGUGGCAGAUUUGCACAGUACUCAAGAGCUUAUGGCUGACCUCCGUGAAGCAGCCCUGGAAGUCGUUGACAGCGCCGAGUUCCUGGGCAGCAUGGUGGCAGUGUCGGGCUGGGCGGCACGAGCCCUCGCAAGCAACGCCACGAACACCCCAGCGUUCAUCGCGCUGGAAACGACGCUAAGUAAGCUCGACGACGUACUCGAGAGCAAACGGGUUGACCCGGCUGGCAACCGGCUGGCCCGCGCGAUCAUUAGAGCGGACACUCUUUCGGUGUUUGCGAUGCUGUGCGCGCGGAAUCUCGCGCCAACCCGCGCGGCUGCACCCAGCCGCAGCGCCGUGAGUCUGGCGGAGUUGAAGCUCAUGCAAGUUAUGUACAUGGUGAAGCACUUGCACGCGCUUGUCCAGCACGUGGACGAUAGCGCGGACGCUGGUCUGAAGCAGGAGCUGGUCACGGCGCUGGCGCACACUCAGCUGCUCGAGCACGCAGCGCGGGCGCUACUGCACGCCGCCCAUACCAGGCAGGCUGCGCCCAGCGCGGUAGCAGCUGCCGCUGCAGCAGCAGCUCCGGGGACGGUGCUGGCAGCACGUAUGAAAUGGGAGACCAUGUCGACCAUGGUAUCGUAUUUCGCCACCACGCUCCGGCGCCUGGUGGCGGAUCGGAGCCUGGGCAUCAUCGCAUUGAGCCGGCGGCCUCGCGAGCGGGACAUCAUGUCUGAGGUCAAGGACCCCAUCAAGGUGCAACAGCUCGGCCUGCUGGAGCAGCUGCGGCCGCUGCUGGCCGGCCGCUGCGUGCAGCUCUUCGCGGCGUGGGCGGGCCUGCUAGCAGCCACGACCGUGCAGCAACAGCAGCCACAGGCCGCUGCUGGUGGCGGUAGCAGCGUUCCGCAGCCUCUGGCGCCGGCUGACGCGCAGCUCUGGCACGGGCUGCCGUUGGCGCUGAUGCGCCCGCCGCCGCUGGGCCCUUCAUCAGACUUGGAUCCAGUGGGCUUGCAAAGCCAAACAGCCGAGGCCCUUGCUAUCGUGAUGCAGGCGACUGUCAGCGGCCCCUGCUACCUCACCAUCGCUCAGCCGUCCGCCCGCUACAGCCACCUACCGCCGCAGUGCCCACAGCACAGGCAGCCGCGGCAGCCGCAGCAGCAAGCAGGCCCGCCACCGCGGCCAGCCGCAACCACAUCACUACCUGCUGCUGCAGCAGCAGUAGCAGCAGAUGCUAUGCAGGCGGCACAUGCCGAUGCAGCAUUGCCGUUCAGCGCGCUACAUGCAUACCGUCUUCUGGCGAAAGUCUGGCAGGGUCUUGCCUGUGCCGGCACGGUCUGCUUACCCGGCAUGUACAAGAUCGCUUUGGUGAUGGCCCGGCUGCUGACGGAGCUGCCGCCGUGGCGGGCGGCCGUGCUGCUACCGGGCUGGUGGCGGCUGGUGGCGCAGGAGCCGUCCGUACUCGUGCACGACUGCAGGCUUGCGCAUGACGCAGGGGAGCUGCUGCGGCUGCAGCUUGGUGCGCCGCCGCCGGCCUCGUGGGCUGCCGAGGUGGCCGAUGCGGCUUCCGUGGCUGCAGCGAGUGUGGACUGGCCGCCGGACCCGGCGGCAAUGCAACACGGUGAGGCAGGCUCUGCCGGCGAAGCCACGGCGGCGACGGUUGCAGCAAAGGCAGCAGCCAGCCUGGCGCGCGGUAGGGACCCCAGCUACAGCCUCCGGUGCGCGCUGGAUGCCGGACUGCUUCCAGCGCUGGAGCGCUGCCUUCGCGCGCCACAGUCCUGGCGGCAGGCCGACCUGGAACUCCACAGCGCCAGCACCUUGAUCACGGUCGUGAACUGCGUGCUGCGCUACUCAGGCGUGUGGCCCGCAGUGCUGGCGCGCGGGCCCGUGCAGCAGGCGGUGUCUCUGAUUGCCACGCUGGGCGCAGCCGCUCGGCUGUUGCAGGAGGACGACACGGGCUUGGGCUGCUGGGUUCCCAUCGCCUCGCAACCGGGCGCGAUGGUGACUGCGGAGGGCGACGCCUGCGCCUACCUGUGUGCCUACCUCGCCGCAAUGCUGGAGCAGGUCGCGGACGUGCGGGCGCUGCAUGAAUGCGCACAACAGCAGCGGGAGAAGGGGCAGCAGCAGCAGCGGCAGCAGCAGCAGCAGCAGCAGCCGAGACAGGGUGCGCAGCCGUCUUCGCAGCAGGCAGCCACCGGGGCCGCGGCCACCGGCGCCGCAGCCGCAGCCCCCACGCUGCUGCACCUCUGCACCAUGCUGGAGCCGUCGGCGGUGGUGGACUGCGGGGCCGGCAGCAAGGCCAAGCCCCCCACCUGCUCCCUCGCCUGGAUGGCGGCGGCGGGCGGCCUGCCGGCUGCCGGCUCCGCAGCGGACCGGCAGCAGCAGCUGCUCACCAGCUUCGCGGUGCACCACUGGCUGCCGGUGCUGGCGCACGCGACGCGUGCGGCCUUUCAGGACCUGGAUGCGAUGAGCCGCGCAGGCGUCGAGUGCCUGCUGUCACAAGCGCUCCUGGUGGGGCGCCUGCUGCUGGAUGUGCUGUGGCGCGAUGGCGGCCCUUGGGGGGAAGCCGGCGACGGCGUGGGCGCAGGAGCCGGUGGGGCGGCCUGCCGCCCGCGGCCGGCGCAGGGGGCGUGGUGGGAGGGUGCCCAGCUGGCGGACGAGCUCCGUGCGAGCAUGCAGCAAAUUGUAUACGGGCUGACUAUGGAUGCGGCGGGGUUGCUGCUAGAGCGCUGCCAGGCAUGGCAGCAGGCGGCGGUGUUAGACCUGCUGCAGGGAUAUUGGGCUCGCUCCCCAGGUUGUGCGCUCACGGCUACAGAGAUGUGGGCGAUGUCUACGGCGAGACACCAGCAGCGCAGUCAGGGCGAGCAGCAGAAGCGGCAAGAGCAGCAGAAGCAGCAGCCUCACCAACAGCAGGGCGACGUGCGGCAGGCGGGCCGAUCGGAGGGGCAGGCAGACCGUGCGGUGGGCAGUAGCAGCAGCAAGGUCAGCAGCAGCAGCAGUAGUGCAGGCACGCCGCCCGAGCUGUUGUUGCAGUGCGUGAGGCCGCUGCCGGUGCAGCGUCUGGCGGUGGCGCAGGGGCGACUGGACCUCGCGGAAUACCUGGGUGCAAUGGCAGUGUUGGCGAGGGAGCGGCUGGCGAGGAAGCAAGGCGGUGGCGCUGACGCCGCGGCGGCAAGCUGCACGGCGGCGGCGCAGGGGUCGGCUAGCAGUGGCGGCGGGAGCGGGGGUGUGUAUGCGGCUCGCGUCAUUGCAGGCAGGUGGGAGCAGCAGUGGCGUGCCGCCGCCAUGCGGCCGCGGUACCCGUGGCUGCUGUCUCCCGGCGAGGUGCGGGCGGGGCUGCAUGACCUGAUGGUCGCGGAGGCGGAGGCGGCUGCGGCUGCGGCUGCGGCUGUGCCUGUGGCUGGGGCUGUGCCUGCGGCUGUUGCUGCGGCUACGCCUGUGGGCGAGCCUGGGGCACCUUGUUGUCAUGGUGGCAGCAGCAGCAGCAGCAGCAGCAGCGGUGGUGGUGUUGGGGGUGGCACUGGCAGUAGCGGAAGCGGUGCUGGACAAGGCAGUAGCAGUAGGGCUAGCGGCGGUGGGCCGGUGUUUGAGCACAAGCUGUGCGGCAACCCGCACUGCCGCUCGCUGGACGGCCCCAGCGCAUUCAUUGCGCCUGGCAGCGGCAAGACGUGUGUGCGGUGCCGUGCUAUGACGUACUGUUGCGGCGCCUGCCAGCUGGAGGACUGGCGCAAGCGGCACUCGGGCACCUGCAGUGGAGCUGCGGCGCAGGCGGCGGGGUUGGGGGCAGCAAGGGGGGUUAACGCGGGGUUGGAGACGGCAUGAACACCAACGCGUCGCGCGAGUAGGGAAACACUUGAUGAGCAAACGUUUGGCGCGGGUGCGCGGGGGGCCUUUGCAUUUGGCUGGGCCUGGUAGCGACCCCACACACGGUGCAUUUGGUGUGCCGCAAAUGAACUGCGACAUUGGCUCGGCGUUCGGUUGCAUCGAUCGCUGGGUUUGCGACACGCGGUACAAAAGGGACAAUGCGUGUUUGCAGCAGUGAGUUGCGAGCCGUGGAACAUGAGACGUCCGGUGGGGCGUAGCUGCUCUUGACAGUAGUCAGCAGGUGAGCGGGCAUUCAGGCCAUGUAGUUGACCCCUGCCGACUCCUGCACCUGAGGCCCAAGGCAUCUGACUCCACAAACCUGGACGGAGGGCGUUCACGGCAACCAGGGAGCCCGUUGGAGCAGGAGGCGGGACAAGGACCUUUCCAGACCGGGACCUGCUGGCUGAUGCCGGAUCUGGCAACACGCCGUUUACUUCACGGUGGUAAUUCCCAAGUUUAUGUGAGCCACCUGAUAGGCACCUUAUGGACUUAGGUUGUCACCUACAAGUCGACGAAAAAUGAAAGGGUAGAACUCAGAGACACAGAGGAUAGGGUUUCCCGUGUGCUCACAUUCUGCUGUGUUCAAUGAAUCAUUUCGUUGACCUUCAAACUAUAUGUAACACGGAAGCAGA